CCGCAGCCUAAGAUGCCCCACCGCAGCCUGCACGCCGCGGCCGUCCUGCUGCUCGUGAUCUUAAAGGAACAGCCUUCCUGCCCGGCCCCGCUGAACGGAUCCAAGUGGACCUAUUUUGGUCCCAAUGGGGAGAAGAGCUGGUCUAAGAAGUACCCAUCAUGUGGGGGCCUGCUGCAGUCCCCAAUAGACCUGCACAGUGACAUCCUCCUGUAUAAUGCCAGCCUCGUGCCCCUUCAGUUCCAAGGCUAUAAUGUAUCUUCCAAUGAGCAAUUUAUCCUGACCAAUGAUGGCCACUCAGUGAGGCUGAACCUGCCCCCGGACCUGCAUAUCCAUGGCCUUCCCUUCCGCUACAGUGCCACGCAGCUACACCUGCACUGGGGGAGCAGCAACGACCCCCAUGGCUCCGAGCACACUGUCGGUGGGAAGCACUUUGCCGCUGAGCUGCAUAUUGUCUAUUAUAACUCGGAGCUGUACCACAAUGCCAGUACUGCCAGUGACAAGUCAGAAGGCCUUGCUGUCCUAGGUGUUCUCAUAGAGAUGGGCCUCUUCAAUCCAUCAUAUGACAAGAUCUUCCGUUACCUUCAAGAUGUAAAGUACAAAGGCCAAGAAGUGUUCAUUCCAGGUUUCAGCAUUGAAGAAUUGCUUCCUGAGAGGCCUAAUGAGUACUACCGCUACAAAGGGUCCCUAACCACACCUCCUUGCCACCCCACUGUGCUCUGGACAGUCUUCAGGAAUCCUGUGCAAAUUUCCCAGGAGCAGCUGCUGGCUUUGGAAACAGCUCUGUACUGCACACACAUGGAUGACCCAUCCCCCAGAGAAAUGGUCAACAACUUCCGGCGGGUCCAGAAGUUUGAUGAGAGGCUGGUGUACGUCUCCUUCCAACAAGUGCAAGACCUUACCUACGCAGGAUUCAGUCUGGGCAUCAUCCUUUCCGUGGCCCUGGCUGGCAUUCUCGGCGUCUGUGUGGUCCUAGCAGUGUCCAUUUGGCUUUUCAGAAGGAAGAAGAGUAGCAAAAAAGGUGAAAACAAAGGAGUCAUUUACAAACCAGCCAUCAGGAAAGAGACUGAAACCAAUGCCUGAAGUCCCAACACUUCUAGGUGUGUCCAAGGAAGGAUUAUGCUUUGGACCAUACACACCGUGCCUCCCUGGACACUUGUAACACACAAAUGUGUUCUCUGGCGCUUAACCUGUAAACACCCCAGACUUUCAGGGGGCCUUUAGCUGGGCGCCUGAAGCUAUGACCAUGCCCCCAGAACCCAUGAAUGGGAACAUUCCACCCAGGAGGUGGGGAUCUGAGUUGUCUGCUUCAUCUGUGUGGGACUAUUAAGUGGUUUGGGUCUUGGGGACAUAAACAAACCUGCCCACUGGGGGUUGUAAUUGGUUGGAAAACAUUUUCAUCCAGCGGUUGACUUGAGUAUGACUCUAAGUGUCCUGGAAAUCCUGCUUCUUGUCCAAGCUUUCAGAACAGAAUGUGCACUCUCGGCUUGAGUUUUGCUUUUGAGACUCAGUUUCUUUUCUCAGGGAAGAGAUUGUUGUUGUCCUCUUAUUUCCUUCUACUAUGACAAAAUCUUGGACCUAACAACUUGGGGACUCAGUGGCAGGGAAGAACUGAUACACAAAGUAUCAAGCUAUUCAAAAAAUAAGAGCUAUACUUUGACAUAGAGUCAUUUCAAGUCAUGUGCUUUGGGUCAGAGCACUGAAUGGACCUUAGAGAAUGAGAAGACAUAUAGGUCUUGAAAGAGUCUCACUUUGGAAGCAUAAGUUGUUAUGCCAUAAGUAUGAGAAGGAUAGAAUAUUAAGCUCAAAUCCAACCUCCUGUCAGUGGGGCAGUUAUAUUUUAUAUUUUACAGUUUUUAUAAAUAACUCAACUAUUCCUUGAAAAUAUACUGUUCCUAUCUUGUAGUGUACACAUGAGUUCUGAGACGACCCACACUGCUUUUGAAUCUCAAGGAAACAGGCAGAAGCACAAUGAUCAGAGGGCUUUGUCUGUUUAUUUCUGCCACCUUUGCCAUGUCCCGAUUGCUAACCUAGAAUUGGGAUUUAACUUCUCUGACUUUGAGGAUGUCAAGUUAUUGUUUAAUUAAAAUAUAUUUUCAAGCCAUAAAAGUUAUCUGUGCAGGGACUGGCAUCAUGGUAUUUAGGGACCAAUAUAAUAGAAUGUUACAAAGAUUCUCCCUGGUUUUCUCCCCUCCCCUCAGGUCACAAAGACAGUUUCUGAGUAGACCCAAUUUCUUUUUCAUUCUCCUCCCAUGGAUGAGAAAGCCCCAUGGAAAACAGUUAGUUCCCUGGGAGCCCCCAACUUUCAGGCUCUCAUGGCUAGUACCUUAGUGCAGAGAUUUCUGAUUCAUAGUCUCAUUUUGACAGCAAGGAAUGUCCUCUUGAAGCAUAGGUUUCUUUAUCUUUUUCCUUCUCCUGUCCCUCUGACUCUGACUCUUCUAUUGUCCCUCUGACUCUUCCUUCUCCAUGAUCACAACUUUUUGUAGUCACGCCAGCCCUGUGUCUCUAUAGCCCACUAUAGCUAGGCAGGGUAACACGUGACCCAGGGGGACUCAAAUGUGUGGGCAAUGAGACCUCGGCCACCCAAACCCAGGCUGGCAUCCCAUCCUCACCACUAGCUCGCCUGGUGCUGCUCAAAUGACACAGGGAUAGCCCUCAUGAAUGAGCAGUGUGACUUAGAUGAGGCUUUCUUGAUUCUGGCCCAAACUUGCCUAUCAGAAACCAACAUAAAUAUCUCCAGAGCAGUGGAGCUAUCCUUUGAAAGGCUUUUACACCUUUAUAAUAGAGGUUUUGUGAGAAAACAGAGAGGUCAUUGUAACUGGCACAACGGCUACUCACAAAAAAGGAGACUUACUAGAUGGUGAAAACAGUGAUAUUUCUUUUGCCCCUGUCCCCCUCAAUGUAGCCAGGCUCUCAGCCCCCAGGGCUGAGACCAAACAAAGUCAGGGAGGUAAACAGAAGGAUCCAAGAAUCAACACUGUCUACUUCCUCGCUAGUCCUUAUGGGACUCCUGAGUAUCCAGCUUUGAAACUGGGAGAUUUUUCUUCAGGUCCUCACUUAAUCCCACUGACAUUAGUGGCCACUAAAUAAAUCCAGUAGCAUGAUUCCUGGUGCCCCACACUCACCCCUCAACCUCUGAGGGCCCCAUCCUGUUCUGGGCACACAGCAGGUAGAGAUAACAAGAGCAAGGCUUAGGCUGUGGGAGGGAUACAGGGAAGAUUCUGGCUUCUGGUCUUUCCUUUGCCUCUCAUUAACAGGAAGGCUCCACUGUCUUUGCUCCUUUUCUUUAGCAUCAUCUGGUAAAAAUAGUAAAAACUUACACCUGUAUACCUGUUUCCUAGUAGACAGUCUAGGAUUUUGCUGCAUUGACGAUUUAAUCUCAAUUCAAAUUCAGACCUCAAAUACUUCUCCCCUUCACUAAACUCUCUGAAGGUCUUCUGACAGGUUCUUGGGAAGCUGUCACCUGCGGCUCCCCUCUGCCCCUAUGUCUCAGCCACUGUGAUAAUGGUCUGUUUGGCAGUUCUGUAUUUAUUGUAAGAAUGAUUGUAAUGACAUUCACUGUAAAUAGAAGAAAUUAUAAAUAAAAUGUUUUUCACAU